GGGUUGACUGAUUCAUUUAAUGUUACUCUAAAUUUAGUACGUGCUCACACGUGAUGGUCUACUUGGAUGUGGAUGAGACCUCGAUCAUGUCAACUCUCUAUCUACAGAUUUCUUUGACAUCGGUAUCCUCAUUUAUAUAUUGUCGCCAUCCAUGACAUAGCCUUCAUAAUGACAGUUGCAUUCCUCCAGUUUCUUUCCUAUUUGUUCGGUUGGAUAUACACAACUUGUUGGUCGCUAUCCUUUUAUCCCCAACCACUCUUGAACUUUAGGCGCAAAUCUACAUCAGGAGCCGCAAUCGACUUCCCCUUUCUCAACGUGCUAGGCUUUGCUGCAUACUUCGUGUCUACAGUGUCGUUCCUUUAUGCGCCCGAAAUUAGACGUGAAUAUGCUCUGCGAAAUAACGGGCAUACCCCAACUGUCCAAUUCAAUGAUCUCGCGUUCGCUGUCCACGCCCUCUUCAUGUGCUUUGUCAUAAUAUCACAAUAUGAACCAUCGAUCUGGGGAUUUGAUAAACGAGGUAAAAGGGGACCCGGCGCAAGAGUGAGCAAGUCUAUCAUGGGUUUGUCGGUAGCGUGCAUUGUUGGAGUCGCGACUUCGGUGGUUAUUGUCCUUGCGCGACAGGAUGAAGACGUUGUAAGAGGGUGGGCAUGGAUCGAUGUGGUUUAUGUCAUAUCAUAUGUCAAACUUGUUAUCACGACUGUUAAAUAUAUGCCUCAAGUCCUUACGAAUUAUCGCAAUCGAUCCACAACUGGUUGGUCAAUAGGGGGAAUCUUGCUCGAUUUCGCAGGUGGAGUCCUCUCGAUUUUACAAUUGGGAAUUGAUAGUUACCUCCAGGGAGAUUGGUCUGGAGUGACGGGCAACCCAGUCAAACUCAUGCUGGGCAAUGUGAGCAUCUUCUUCGAUGUAAUUUUCAUUGUUCAGCAUUAUAUUUUGUACAAAGGAAAUGGAGGUGAUACACCAUUAGAUGAAGAAGAUCCUCUACUUGCGCCGGACAGGGAGCAGAGAAUUGAAUAGAGAGAGAUGAAGAGAUAGGGAGCAGAUAAUUGGAUAGAGAGAUGAGAGAUAGCGAGCAUUUCUGUAUGGCGUUAUAGAUACCCCGCGGCUGGAUUAUGAAUAGAGGUGGACAAUUAGUUACAGGAUUUCGAUGUAAGAUGUUAGCACUCACCAGGUAAAUACAAAUAUAUUAUCUUGAGGGGUUGCAAGGUCAACAAUUCUCAUGCUCGCCCAAGUGGCUAGUAUAACCGCAUCAUGAUAUACAUGUUUAUGUCAAUUGUUAACAUUGACUCACGGUGCACCACUCAAUGCUUGGAACCAGAAGAUUUCCCAACAAAGGUCGCCAAUUAUUGGAAAUGGAUAUGGCAUAGCACACGACAGGAAAGUCCCAUACCGCCUUCGAACCUAGAAAGUGCAAUGCAAGGAAGGAAGACUCUCGCCCGGUCCA